CCCGGCCCUGAAGCUCUGCUGCCCGACAGUCCGGCCACCCCGCAGCCCCCAUGGCCAGAGGAGUCGAGGCCCUCGCGAUCCUGGCUGCCCUCCUGAUCCAAGGCUCCUCUUCGCUGCAGGCUCCCCAGAGGGCUCAGCGCCACAUGGACGGCGCCUUCACGAGCGAGCUGAGCCGCCUGCGGGAGAGCGCCUUCGUGCAGAGCCUCAUCCGCUCGCUGGUCGGCCUGGGGCCCAGGGCCCAGAGACACUCGGACGGCACGUUCACCAGCGAGCUGAGCAGGCUGCGGGACGUGGCCCAGGUGCACCGGCUCAUCCAGCAGCUGGUGGGGAGGCGCAGAUCCCUCCGAGAGCCCGAGACGGCCGCCGGGAGGAGCUGGCGGGGGGAUGGGCCCCCCUCGGGCGGCCAGGCAAGCAGGCCCCGCCCCCGCUGGCCUGGGGGCGUGGCCUCGGCCUUCGGGCCCCGCCCAGGAGCCCCUCUGCGGCCCUUCGUGGGAGAUCCCCCGCUCCCGAGCGCCUGCCCCGAGGCCCCGCCUGCGAGGAGAGGAUCCGGCGCGGGAGCUGCGGAGCCUCCCAGCCCGCGCGCCCAGCGCUUGUGAUUGGCUAAUAAAGGAUCUGCUGUACAGAGCCGGCUCACCCCCAGGGGCCCUCCCCGCGGGCUUCUCUGGGAGACCAGAGGGGGGCCGCCCCAGGGCCGCUGGAAGCAGUGCGGCGGCUUCUUACUCUGGCCCUUUACCUGCCCCGGGAUCCCUCCAUCCAGGCCCCUGGGGCGAGCCCGCCGGCGAACAGCCCUUCGGCUAUUCUGUGCCUCAGUUUCCAUUUCUUUGUCCCAACCCAAGCAGGGGGAGAAGCUGGCUGAGCCGGGGUCAGGAUGGGGGGCGCCCCGCACUCCCAGGGAACGUUCCGCUACCAGCCCCCCCCCCCCCCAGGCUCUUCUUCCCACUUGGGCAGGCUCAUCCCCUCCUUCCCUUCCCACAAUGCCCCGGGCCUUGUCCUGCGGGCUCCCAGUCUUUUGGCAGCCUUCUUCCCUUUCCUAUGGAAUGAGGGGCUGAGCUGGUGGGCGCCGGGCCCCUUCCCGUGCCUGGGCUCUUGUCCUCUGGGCCCCCGGAGAUGCCCCCAUCUGCCCCGCACCUCCGUCGGGGGCACCUCCCGCCUUCCUCCACAGCAAGUUUAGUGCCAGGAGCGCCGGACUUGCCUUGCCCGGGCCUUGGAGGGCGGCUUCUGACCCGGCUCUUCUUCCCGUGGACUCCCGCUCAAGCCUUCCGGUGCCAGGAACUGCCUUUGCGCGGGGCUCCAGCCUUGCAGACCAUAAUCGGCCUUCUCCCCGGGGCUGUCCCCUUCCUCUGGGGAGCGGCCGGCCCGGUGGGGGGAGGGGACCUGCCAUAGUGCGGGGCGGGGGGGCUGCCCAUUCCCAGAUGCCCCCCCAGGAAUCUUUCUGCCUUCAAAGGAGAGCCGGGAAAGAGCGCUUCCCCGGAGCCAGCGAAGCUCUGGUGCACGCAGUCGGUGCGCUUCGCUUCGCUUUUUUAAGUGUCCAAUAAACUCAGCAAGUUACUCCAAA